AUGAAGUUCACUACCGCUAUCACAACUGCCGUCCUGGCAACUGGUGCCCUUGCUGCACCUCGUCCUGGACUGGCCGAACGCCUUGAAGCCCGUGGUGUCCUGACGCGCCAGUCUGUCCCAGCCCACAAGUUUGACAACUCUGGUGAGGAGAACAGCGUCCUACUCAAGGAGGGAAGUAAUGGCGACAACGUCCAGUACAGCAAGAACUGGGCUGGUGUAGUUCGUGGCCAACCACCUCCCAGUGGUGUCUAUACUGAAGUCUCCGCAACCUUCACUGUGCCUAACCCCACGGCCACCGACGAUUCGGGUGAUACUCAAGCUGCUUCUGCUUGGGUUGGCAUUGAUGGUGAUACCUACACCAACGCUAUACUACAGACUGGCGUUGAUGCCUAUAUUUCUAAUGGGCAGAAGUCUUAUGAUGCCUGGUAUGAGUGGUACCCUAACGUGGCCGAAAACUUCAACAUCGAUCUCACAGCUGGCGAUGUGAUCGUUGCCUCAGUCAAGUCUUCUUCCCCCAGCAAUGGUGUCGCCAUUAUCGAGAACAAGUCAACCGGAAAGAGCGUGACCCAAUCGCUCUCAGCGCCUUCUUCCUCUGCCACCCUUGGUGGACAGAAUGCCGAGUGGAUUGUUGAGGACUUCGACUCUGGAAGUUCUAUGGUCCCGCUCGCCAACUUUGGGCAAAUCACCUUCACAGGUGCUCAAGCCAAGGCAUCGGAUGAGGAGUAUGGUGUGAACAAUGCUGUAGUGCUGGAAAUUCAACAAAAUGGCCAGUUGCUUGCCGAUGUCCAGAUCGAGAGCGACACCCAGUUUACCGUUACUUAUGUGUAA